GUACCCUAGCCGUCAUUCAUAAUCCGGCGGACCGGAAAGGGAGUGACGUCACUUCCUGCCGUGGCACCGCAAAAAACGCUCCCCCCUCGAUGGUGCUUCGGGAACCUUUGUUUCCGCCCUCGGAGACUCCGGUGCCGGGACCGGUUCGGAAGGCUCUACGCGGGGAAAGGACGGAGGAGCGGGGCGGAGCGGUGUUUGCAAUGGCUGCCACUGUGAACUUGGAACUUGAUCCCAUUUUUUUGAAAGCACUAGGCUUCUUACAUUCAAAGAGUAAGGAUUCUGCUGAAAAGCUAAAAGCCUUACUUGAUGAAUCUUUGGCUCGGGGCAUUGAUUCAAGUUACCGUCCAUCUCAAAAGGAUGUGGAGCCACCCAAAAUUUCAAGCACGAAGACUAUUUCCAUUAAGCAAGAGCCCAAAACAUCAUCCAGUCUUCCUUCUGGCAAUAAUAAUGGCAAGGUUCUCACAACUGAAAAGGUAAAGAAGGAAGCUGAGAAGAGACCUGCUGAUAAAAUGAAAUCAGACACCACUGAAGGAGUUGACAUUCCAAAGAAACCUAGAUUGGAGAAACCAGAGACACGGUCCUCUCCCAUUACCGUGCAAACCAGCAAGGAUUUAGCCAUGGCUGACCUUUCCAGUUUUGAGGAGACCAGUGCGGAUGAUUUUGCCAUGGAGAUGGGAUUGGCUUGUGUUGUUUGUAGGCAAAUGACAGUGGUAUCUGGUAAUCAAUUAGUAGAAUGUCAAGAGUGCCAUAACCUCUACCACCAAGACUGCCAUAAGCCCCAAGUGACAGACAAGGAAGUGAACGAUCCUCGCCUUGUGUGGUAUUGUGCCCGAUGUACCAGACAAAUGAAAAGAAUGGCUCAAAAAACUCAAAAGCCACCACAGAAACCAGCUCCCACAGUUGUUUCUGUAGCUCCCGCUGUCAAAGAUCCAUUGGUUAAAAAACCAGAAACUAAACUCAAACAAGAGACAACUUUUCUAGCAUUUAAGAGAACAGAAGUCAAGACAUCCGGGGUUAUUUCAGGAAAUUCUUCUAGCACCAGUGUUUCCUCUUCUGUAACAAGUGGCCUAACUGGAUGGGCAGCGUUUGCAGCCAAAACUACUUCUGCUGGUCCAUCAACAGCAAAAUUGAGUUCAACAACGCAAAACAAUAGUGGGAAACCUGCUACCUCAGCAGCUAACCAGAAGCCUGUGGGUUUGACUGGUCUGGCAACAUCAUCCAAAGGUGGAAUAGGUUCCAAAUUAGGUUCCAGUAACAACACUUCACCCACUGUACCAUUGAAACCACCUCCACCUCUAACUUUGGGCAAAACUGGCCUUAGUCGCUCAGUUAGUUGUGACAAUGUUAGCAAAGUAGGUCUUCCUAGUCCAAGUAGUUUAGUUCCAGGAAGCAGCAGCCAACUAAGUGGAAAUGGAAAUAGUGGGACAUCAGGGCCUAGUGGAAGUACCACCAGCAAAACCACUUCAGAAUCAAGCAGCUCUUCCUCGGCAUCCCUUAAAGGUCCAACUUCACAAGAAUCCCAGCUCAAUGCCAUGAAGCGAUUACAGAUGGUCAAGAAGAAAGCUGCCCAAAAGAAACUCAAGAAGUAAUGAGGCCAAGUAGGUUUUAAUAUCACAUUACCCUAAAGAUUAAAAUCUUAUUAGAACAUAAACUGUACUAUACUAUAACUUAAUAAAAAAUUUCAUAAUGAAA